AUUGAUCCUUAAUGCUUUUAGGAAAUUUCAGAUUUAAAAUGGAGAAUCCUAUUAUACGGAGAAAACAGUCCUCCAAGUUGGUGAAAAUAAUGCCAAAGAGAACAAAUAUAUCGGAUCUAUUGCUGGGGGAGAGCAGGGUUAUGUGUAGAUGGAGAUCCUCCCUAUGGAAAUUACUCUGGAGAGAACUACUUCUCUAUACUCUGGCCUAUCUAGGGGUUUCAUGCAUUUACAGGUUUGCACUGUCUGAGGUUCAACAGUUUGAGUUUGAAAGGCUGGUCAGCUGGUGCAGUAAACAAUAUACAGGACUACCUCUAACCUUCCUACUUGGUUUCUACGUAUCCCUGGUAGUGAAGAGGUGGUGGGAGCAGUACUGUAAGCUCCCCUGGCCGGAUAAUAUUGCCAGCUAUCUCAGGGGCUUGUGUGUCAGCAAGGAUGAAAAGGCUAAAAUUAUCCGGAGAACCGUUGUAAGGUAUACUUUACUCUCGUAUAUCCUGUGUAUCCGGAGAUUAAGCGUGAGGCUGAGGAAAAGAUUUCCAACCAUGAAGGAAGUUGUUAAAUCAGGGUUGGUCAGACAAGACGAAGCGAUCAGGAUAGGAGAUGAGGAUAAUUGGGAUAUGUACGCUUCUAAUUGGACCUUGCCUCUUCAAUGGAGUUUAGAAAUAGUUGAGAAGGCUCAACAGGACGGAUACAUUACAAGUGCCCCUGGAUAUGUCUUAAUCAUAUCUCAGAUUAAUAUAUUCAGGGUGGUUACCUUAGCUGUAUAUAUAUACUUUAUUGUUGCUCUGGUGGGUGAACAAUGGAAAAUAUACAGGAAACCCGGAGAUGAGCUGGAUUUAUGGUAUCCAAUCUUUACAACCAUCAAGUUCCUUUUCUACUUUGGUUGGCUCAGGGUUGCGGAGACCCUGUACAACCCUUUUGGUGAAGACGAUGAUGAUUUUGAAUUAAAUGUUCUGGUUAAUCGACAUCUUAAAGUUGCUCUGAAUCUUGUGGAUGAUACUGAAGAACCUCCGGAGCUCUGCAAGGAUGCAUUCUGGGGCCAAACCUUUCCUAACAUUCCGGACACUGUUGAGAAGACCUAUACUAUGGUUGAUGAUGAGAAAGCAGAUGGGAAAAAAUCUAAGAUUGAAACGAAUGAAAUGCUAGUUAUCUCGGAGCAUGCUCCAGAGGAGCCACGAACAAUGGCGGAGAGGAGGGAUCCUAUGUAGCACUUGAUCUAAUGAUCUACGACCCUAAGGUCGAGACUUUUGUGUGAUAUAAAGCUUGUGUGCAUCUCGAUAUCCACUGUGGCAACUGUUAAAGGAAAUGAGUUUUUGCAACAAUUCCCGAUUUUCUAAUCCGUAU